UGCCAGUGAUAGGCUACUGUCCAUGCACCGCUUUGUUGACACUACCGUGGCUGCGUUCCAAGGAAGUUCUUCUCACAUUCUUUUAGAACACCAAAACAAGACGGAAAGCGCUGACUGACAUACCGAUGUAAUUUGUAACUUUAUCUUUAUUACAACCUCGUAACACGGCUAGCCUACAGGAUGAAGUGUAAAUGGAGAGAACAGCCACCAGAAAUUUAUUUUCUGACUGCAUUUCUUUCACAGCUUCAGAAUUAAGGGACACUUUGGUUUUUUUUUCAAGUCAGAAAGCUGUUGACAGGUUGUGAACAGGUGGAAACGCCUUGCGCGUCACACAAAGCUUGAGUUUCGAAAUUCCUUCAAGGAUAAAAAUACUGGGACUUUAUUCAUAUCGACGUGAAAAGUCGUGAUUCCCAGCUGGUUUAACGACUCUCCGUUAAAUUUUGUGUUUUUGUUAUGCUGUUUUGAGUUCAUCAGUCGGGUGCUUCGUGACGACAAACGCAAUUCAACAACAUUAAAAAUUAAAAUAAUCUCAUUGAUCAUCUUUAUUCAAUUCGGAUUCUUCACAGCGCUUCAAAAACAGGAGGAAAAUGUUAUUGGUCUUUCUAUUAUUAAUGGCUGGUGUGUCAGGUGGAGAGACAAGUAAAACGGUGAAUAUAUCAGUGACAGAGGGGGAUGCUGUCACUCUACAAUCUGAUCUUUCCGCAAUACUGAACGAUGACACAAUAAUAUGGAUGUUUGGACCUAAAGACACUUUCAUAUACCAAAUCCGAAGAAAGGAUGACUUGACCUCAUUUAUGGUCACCGAUGAUGAGCGAUUCAAAGGCAGACUGCAGGUGGAUCAAAACACUGGCUCUCUCACCAUCAGAAACACCAGAAAGAGACACUCAGGACAAUAUAAACUAACCUUCUCUAGAGAAAAGACUACGAUCAAAAUAUUUUAUGUUACUGUCUUAGCUGUGGUUGCUAAGACGGAUGGAGUCAAGUCAGUGUCAUUGUCAGUGAUGGAGGGGGAUCCUGUCACUCUACAAGCUGAUUCUGAAAUACACCAAGAUGCUCUGAUGCUGUGGAGGUUUGGAGAUAAAGGCGUUCUUCUAGCUAAAAUUGACAUUGAGACCAAUGAGAGCUCAUUAAACGAUGCUGACGAGGGAUUCAAAGAUCGACUAGAGCUGAAUGAUCAGACUGGAUCUCUGACCAUCAAGAGCACCAGAAUCACAGACUCUGGACUUUAUGAACUACAGAUCAGAGGCAGUGGGCGCUUACAGAGAUUCCUGGUUUCUGUAAGUGAUGCAGGUCUUUCCUCCAGUGUUAUAGCAGGAAUAGUUGUUGGUGUUAUUUCUGUUCUGCUGAUCCUGAUUGUCUGUGUGAUUUAUUAUCGCCGCAGGAUUUCUAAAUUAAAAGGACAAAUGGUUGAAGAGAAGAAAGAGACAGUGAUGGAGGGAGAAACUCUCACUCUACACGCUGAUCUUACUGGAACACUGGGACAUGUUACGAUACAGUGGUGCUAUGAAACUGAAGACAAUCUCAUUGCUGGAAUCAGUAAUGGGCUCAUAAGGACAGAGGAAGGUGCAGAUGGGAGAUUCAGUGGCAAACUGAAGCUGGAUGGUCAGACUGGAGAUCUCACAAUCAGUAAUGUCAGGACCAUUCACUCUGGACUCUAUAAACUCAAGAUCAGCAGCAUAGCCAGAAACACCAAAUACAAGAGAUUCAUUGUUACAGUCAAUGUGAAGUCAUUGUCAGUGACGGCAGGAGGUUCUGUGUCUAUCCAGACUAAUUGUGAAAUACAGAGCGAUGAUCUGAUACUGUGGACACUUGGAGCUGACAACGUUCUCAUAGUUAAAAAAGAUUCAGAAACAACUACUGUUAAUGAGAGAUUCAGAGGCAGAAUUAGGUUGGGCAAGAAAACUGCAUCUCUGACCAUCAGAGACAUCACAAAAACAGACUCUGGACAUUUUAAACUGCAGAUCAUCAACACUAAAAAGACCACAUUCAGGAGAAUCACCGUGACUGUCACCGAUUCCACAGGAAACCAAGCGAGUGAAUUAGAGACUGCAGUAAUGCUGCUGUCGGACGAUGUGGAUGGAGAGAAUGAGCAGGAAGAGACAUGGUCACUUUAAUGAAAUAAGACACGCCCACCAGUGCCAAAAACUUUAACUCUUAACACUUUAGAUGUGUGACACUUUCCCAUGAUAUGUGGCACUGCAAUUACCAAUCACUAGUAUCGGGAAAGCUGUACUUCACUAACAAAAGGGUAUAUUUACAGUGAUGCCACUGAAGUACCAUUUUUUGAUUCUUUAAAAACAGUGCACAUUUCUUAAAAUAACCUUUUUUAUUAAGGUGAAGAACAUUUUAAAGCUUUCUUUUCACUAGAAAGAACUUUCUGUGAAACGAAACUGUACCAUGGACGUUAAAGGUUCAGUAUGGAACCAUAGAUGCGAGUAAAGAGCCUUUGUUUUGUGAACGAAGCAUUGUUUACUGUUUUGGAAAUAAUUCCUUACAGUCAAGAUGAUACAAAAAUAGUCUGAACACUGAACACUAAUAAUGCACUAUAAUAAUAAUUAUUAUAUAAUUAUUAUAAACAAUAAUAAUAUAAGCAAUCAUUUUUUUGUACAUUACAAUGAGAGUGUUGAUUUUCAUUACUUUAUACAGUAGUUAUUUACUUAUCAAUAUUUAUUCACUUAUUCUGUUACUGUUAAUCAAUGUUGGGGACAGUUACUUUUAAAAGGAAUAUGUUACAAUAUUGUUAUUUCCUAAAAGAAUAAUUAAUUAUGUCACUUUCAGUAUUACAUAUCAUAGACCCUGCCCUAUCUUGCUCAUAUGGUAUUAAUUUUAUUUGUGCAGGUCCUAAAAAGGGAUAUUUAAAGCCUUUAUUUGAAUUUUUCUUCUUUUUUUUUCUUCUUUUUUUAAAGCUUCAAAUAAACUGUGUAAUAAAAUGUCAUCCUUGA